AUCUGAUGUUGUGUCUCCUGGUAUCUUCGUGGAUUUCAAAAAUUGUCAGGAAGGAUAGUGGGAUGUCACUAUUGUUGCAGAGUUUCCUAUCACAGCCGAACACAAACGCAUCACGAUGGAGUCGGCACCCACCAACCUUGCAACGACAAGCAGCGGCGGCUCCCUACCGCUUUUCGAGACGGACAGCGUGGCACACCUCGAAACCAACCUCGACGACGCCACCGGGGAGAGCCUCGCCUUUGCCAUCGAGGUGCUCCUAGAUCACGGAGCGAUCGAUGCCUGGAUCGCACCGAUCGUCAUGAAAAAGGGCCGACCGGCGCAUACGCUCCACUGCCUUUGCAAGGACACCAUCAACGGCGGAGAAGACAAUCCCACCAUCACCAAGCUCCUAGAGCUCAUGUUCCUCCACACUCCGACCCUGGGGGUGAGAAUCCAACGGGGGAUACAGCGGGCCAAGCUCAAGCGAUCCGUAGUGUCGGUGGCAACCCCGUUUCCAAACACGGUAAGGAAGGGAAGAGUCGAUGUGAAGGUCUCGAGCUUCAAGGACGGCCGCGUCGUUCGAACCAAGGCGGAAUUCGACCACUGCCGGGAAAUAGCUAUAGAGGAAGGGGUGGGGAUCCAAACAGUGGCCGAAGCUGCCAUCAAAGCCUACCAUGAGAACCACAUCGAACGGUUGGAGUCAUCGGUAUCGGGCAAAGGUCUCUGAAACAAAUUUACUUUGAAGAACGCGCACGACUCAGUGGAGAGGCAACUGAGGGAGUACAUCAGAUUCAGAUUAAUGAAAAGAUCAGUAUCCU